AUGCCAGACAUCGCAAAAUAGAGAUGUAGAUAUUGACAGCCAAAUUGAAUGGAUCCUAUGUCAAACCAGGAAAAGCAAAAUGGAAUCAAAACAAGGAGGAAAAAUGAUAAAAACGAAGGAAACUUACGCUUUGCCGCUUGCGUGGAGUGAUUACUUUAAUCAUCCAGUUGGAGCCGUUCUUGUUGCGUAGGUAUAUAAUAUCUCACUGGCUAUGGCGCUCUUGUUGUCCUCUCUGCCUUUACUCCUAUCGGCAACAGCUCCUCGUUCCAUACGAUCCUUCUCUGCCAGGAGGAGAGGUCCCAGAAUUCUCCUGUGUAGAGCCCAGAGUUCGUCGUCCAAGACCGAUGCUGCUCAGGUCUAUAAUGGUGUCUACGGCCCCUGGUCGAUUGAUUCGACCGACGUGCGCGAGGUCUUCUUGUACAGAGCUGGUCUAGUAACAUCGGCAGCUACAUUUGUCGCGGUAGCGUCUACGGCGUUCCUGCCGGAAGACAAUGUUGUCAAGUCUGUGAUUUCAACUUAUCAAGACUUACUUUUUUCGAUUGGAGCCGGGUCACUCGGGGUGUCCCUGCUGCUCAUACACAUCUACGUCACUCCACUGAAGCGAGCGUUGCAAGUCCUAUGGACAGUCGGAGUGGCUGGUUCUAUACUUGUAGCAUCCAACUUCGCCACUCCAGCUGACAGGGGUCUGGUGGAAUUCGUUGUGGAGAAUCCCGCUGCGGUUUGGGCAGUCGGGCCUCUCUUUGCAGCACUCACAGGCCUGGUUUUCAAAGAAGGAUUGUGCUAUGGAAAACUAGAGGCGGCACUCCUCUUCUUCGUGAUACCAUCCUUGCUCUUGGGUCACCUGUCGGGAGCGAUGGAUGACAACGUAAAGCAAGGUCUACUGGCGGCCUGGAUGGGUCUCUUUGCGGUUUUCGCUGGCAGGAAAUUCACACAACCAAUAAAGGAUGACAUUGGGGACAAAUCUAUCUUCAUGUUUAAUGCCCUACCAAAAAGCGAGCAGGAGGCAGUGCUGCGGUCACGGGCAAUGCAAGAAAUGCAGGAAAACAACACGGACAGAAGCAAUCCAUAGGGAUCGAGCAAAGACUUCGUAAUAAAAGCCAUCUACGGCAAGAAAUGUGAGCCAGAUCA